AUGCUUUAUCUUUCUUUCUUUCUUUCUUUCUCAGUAUCUAUCUAUCUAUCUAUCUAUCUAUCUAUCUAUCUAUCUAUCUACACGCACACACACGCACACACGCGCGCACACACAUAUAUACAUCACUUCGCUCUUCUUUCUUUCCUUCUUUCUUUCCUUCUUUCUUUCUUUCGCAGUCUUGCAAUUUCUUUUUCUUUCAUUCUUUCUUUCUUUCUCUAUCUAUCUAUCUAUCUAUCUAUAUUUUAUAAAUUUUACUCGCUUUUUUUUAUGACCGCUAUUUGUGGUACUUUAUCUAUCUAUCUAUCUAUCUAUCUAUCUAUCUAUCUAUCUAUCUAUCUAUCUUCAUUUUCUUUCUGUCUUUUCUUCUUUCUCUUUCUUUCUUUAUCUAUCUACAUUUUUUAUUUUACUUGCUUUUUUCUAUUAUCAUUAUCUAUUUUCUUUCUUUCUUUCUUUUCUAUAUAUCUAUCUAUCUUCAUUUUCUUUCUGCCUUUUCUUUCUUCAUUCUCUUUCUUUCUUUCUUUCUUUCUUUAUCUAUCUAUCUACGUUUUUUAUUUUACUUGCUUUUUUCUAUUAUCAUUAUCAAUUUUCUUAUUUUCUUUCUUUCUUUCUUUCUUUCUUUCUUUCUUUCUUUCUUUCUUUCUUUCUUUUCAAUUCCUGACAUCCCCGGCACCAACACAGUCUCCAUUGACUCGCCCAUUCGUGCAUCUGAUCUAUCUAUCUAUCUAUCUAUCUAUCUAUCUAUCUAUCUAUCUAUCUAUGUUAAUCUUGGUCUGCAUCUAUCUAUCUAUCUAUCUAUCUAUCUAUCUAUCUGUUCAUCGCUAUCUAUCUAUCUAUCUAUCUAUCUAUCUAUCUAUCUAUCUAUCUAUCUAUCUAUCUAUCUAUCUUAAUCUUGGUCUGGUUCUAUCUAUCUAUCUAUCUAUCUAUCUAUCUAUCUUAAUCUUGGUCUGCUUUUCUCUAUCUAUCUUAAUCUUGGUCUCGUUCUAUCUAUCUAUCUAUCUAUCUGAUCAUCGCCAUCUAUCUAUCUAUCUAUCUAUCUAUCUAUCUAUCUAUCUAUCUAUCUAUCUAUCUAUAUUAAUCUUGGACUGCUUCUAUCUAUCUAUCUAUCUAUCUAUCUAUCUAUCUAUCUAUCUGUUCAUCGCUAUCUAUCUAUCUAUCUAUCUAUCUAUCUAUCUAUCUAUCUUAAUCUUGAUUUGCUUCUAUCUAUCUAUCUAUCUAUCUAUCUAUCUAUCUAUCUAUCUAUCUGUUCAUCGCUAUCUAUCUAUCUAUCUAUCUAUCUAUCUAUCUAUCUAUCUAUCUAUCUAUCUUAAUCUUGAUUUGCUUCUAUCUAUCUAUCUAUCUAUCUAUCUAUCUAUCUAUCUUAAUCUUGAUUUGCUUCUAUCUAUCUAUCUAUCUAUCUAUCUAUCUAUCUAUCUAUCUAUCUAUCUUCUAUCUUAA